CGGGAGCGCUGAGCCAGAGCUGUUCAUGCAACCCUUGUGGUCCUCCCAGGCCAGCAGGAUGAGGGGAUCUAGGCAAACAUUCUUUAAUUUAUUCUGCAUCCUCUGGCUCCCGAUUCUGCUGAAGGCUGCCUCUUCUCCCCCUCUCCCCCGUGGAAACGACCCACCGACUGCUUCACUCUCCUCCAGGCUGUACAAAGGACACACCUGCGUUGGAUGUGUGCUUGUGGUGUCUGUAAUUGAACAGCUUGCACAGUGGCACAACAGUACAGUCAAGGCAGCCAUGGAGAGACUGUGCAACUACAUACCUGAAAAACUGCAAGGCUUCUGUUACGUACUUGCUGAACUUUACGGACCACACAUAGCUGAACUCAUAGACAGGGAAAUGAAUGCCGAUGUGGUCUGCCAUUCCUUGAAACUGUGUAAACAGGAUCCAGGACAACUGCUUUGUCAUCUCUAUGCUCCUCCAAAGGUGGGACUGAGUGCUGCAAUAAGGAAAGCAAAAAGCGUUAUGAAGACUUCUAAGGAUCUGAAAAGCUUCACGGGGUUCUCAAGUGUAUGUGCAUUUCCUCUUCUGGCUAACCUGUGUGAGAAGAUUAAAUAUGUUAUGAGAAAUAAACUGCCUUUUGAAGAUUUUGAUGGAGAUAAAUUUAGUACUUUCCCGACAUUGAGGGGCUAUCACUGGCGAGGCAGAGACUGCAAUGACAAAAACACCACUGUGUACCCUGGCAGACGUCCUGAUAAUUGGGAUGUGAAAAGUGACUCUAACUGCAAUGGCAUAUGGGGCAUGGAUCCAAAAGAUGGAAUUCCCUAUGAGGAGAAAUUCUGCAAAGGUGCAGACUCACAAGGGGUCGUGCUGUUGGGAGACUCAGCCGGUGCUCACUUCCACAUCCCUCCCGAGUGGAUGACCGUCACGCAGAUGUCAGCGAAAUCGUUUGCUAAUCUCCCAAUGGCUUUCACUGACGAGCUUGACUGGCCCCAGUUCUCAGAGAUCACUGGAUUUCUGAACUCCACCAUCGGAGGCUGGACAGACUCUCUGUAUCUACGUUUACGCAGGAGAAAUCGCUGUAAUCACAGAGACUUACAGAACAUAUCCCAAAAUGGUGGUUCUUCAGGAAACCUCCUCUAUUUAAUAAAAAGCUUGGCCAGAAACCAGCUGUUGGACAAUCCAGCCAUAGUUGUCUAUGCUACAAUUGGGAAUGAUGUCUGCAAUGGGAACCGUGACACGCUGGCUCACAUGACUACACCCAAAGAAAUGCUCUCCAAUGUGAUGCAAGCUCUGCGAUAUCUGGACUCCCGUCUUCCAAACGGCAGCCAUGUGAUUUUAACAGGCCUGGUAGAUGGCCGCUUUCUCUGGGAUAACCUGCAUGACAGAUACCAUCCUCUAGGGCAGCUGAACAGGGACAUCACGUACAGUCAAAUUUAUUCUUUCCUCGACUGCCUCCAGGUGAGCCCCUGCAGUGGCUGGCUGACCCCCAACGAGACCCUCAGGAAUUUGACCUCAGAGAGAGCUUUACAACUUUCCAAUGUCCUGAAAGAAAUAGCAAGAUCUGAGAAAUUUGCCAACUUUGAUAUUUUCUACAUGGAUUUCCCACUGAGACAAACGGCCGAGGAGUGGCACAAGAUGGGAGGUGAGCCCUGGCAGCUGAUUGAACCAGUCGAUGGCUUCCACCCCAGCCAGAUUGCUGCAGCCCUUGGAACAAGAAUUACCUGGCAGAAGGUGCUACAUGAAUGGCCUCAAGUGCUUGGAAGGGAGAAUCCAUUCAAUGACCAGAUUGAAGCUAUAUUCAAAGAUCAAGGUGGACACUGACUUCCAAACUGCCAGAGCCCUGACAUGGUUUACGGUGAUGCUUCCCAGUGCAUUCCACAAAACAAGAUGAUUAACAACACACACAAAAAAAGGGGGAGGGCAAGUUAUCGGAGCCAGUAGCAGCAGACAUAACACAACAGCACUCUUUUCGGUUUGUAUCUCACCUGCACUAGUAGGCCAUGCUUUUUCUGUGGAGCAACAAAAAUAAAAAUCAAAGGAUACCUGCCAGCUAGACCAUUUAUUGUACUGGUUUGCAAAUCUGUUCAAUUUUUUUCCAUAUAUAGCAAACUCCUAGCCCUACAUCUAUUUUUUUUUUUUUUUUCCCCUGCAAAACAUUAUUUCUGGGCUUUGCAUUUGUACUGUUUCAACAGUUAAUCUGAUCCCCAAAACGGGGCGGGGGGGGGGCAACCCAAACUCAUUAUGUUGCUAUAAAUUGUGUGUAUGUAAUUACCCUGACUGUCAAUACAUUAUUUAGCUGCUAUUUGCUUAUUAAAAUGUGCCAGGAAUAUCAAGGCACUAGAAUUUUGAUUUGCCUGGCAGCAUUAGUGCAGGCUCACUGAGCACAGGUUCUCUUCCCCCCCCCCCCCCACUAACAAGGUAGUAGCUUGACAACCCUUCAUGUAUUUAAAACAGGUUGCUUUUUCAACCUUUAGUACAUCUUUGCUCUCUUGCUUCCUAACAAAUAUGACAUAGCCAGUCCUGUAUCUUUUACAGGCAUGACCCAGGGAAUCACUGAAGAUACUGGGCAGCCCUUACCUGCUCUACUUCAUACACAGACUUGAAGGCUGAGAAUUACUAGUAGUUUUUUCACUAGCUUAUCCAAUGCUCUUAGCAAAUAAAUAUUAAAAAAUUACGAGGCAGCUCUACCCUACUCACAACCUUACUGGUGAUGAAGGGAUCAGAUAGCAUAAAAUGGCAUUAAUUACAGGUGGGAAAAAAAAUCUGGUAAAUAGAAAGUGUUAACAUGCCAUGACUAAAACCCAACAAAAUCUGCUCUUUGUUCUGAACACAUCCCUUGCCUAAGGCUGCAGUCCAAACUAAAGGAGAUGGCCUGGCUGCAUAUUGACCUUAGCACACUGGCCACAGCUGUAGGAGAUGCAUCUACUCAGUAUUUUGAAUAGGCAGAAGAUGACUUGGCUAGUGCUAUUUUGAUUGAAGCACGUAUUAUUGCUAUCCUAGAUCCUCUUCCUUUUUUUUUUAGAGUACAGUCAAUGCCGCAUCUUUUAUUAAGAUAGAAAUUCAUUUGGGACUACUACUAGCAUUUAAGUAAAUAUUCAAGUCACCUACUUUAGGAAACCAAAAGGGAAUACAUUUCUUAAUUGAAUGAUACUUACUAAUAAGGCCCCAAUUCAUUCAAGGCGUUUAGAUGUUACCAAAAUAUCCAGUCUCCCAAGAAACAGUUUCAACUCCACAGAGACAUGCUUGAGGAAGACUAUUUAGCAUUGGAAGGAAAAGGAAAUCUACCUGCUUCCUGUACAAAUUCUCUCUACCAAACAGCAUAACAUUUGAUGCACACUGGCCAGGUAGAACACCUUCUACCUAUUUUUUUAUUACAUAUCCAGGCUUCCUAUCUUUCAUUAAAAACAGCACAAGGACAGAAACAAGUGCAUCCACAUGGUUUUACUAUAGACCAAGUACAGCACAGACAAUAAUUACAGAAUAUCAGAUAAUUUCCUCUACACCAAAAUACAGAAAUGUAGCAAUUAAAAGGGGGAAGGGAACAGUAUGUGUUUAGAAGCCAAAUUUUCAGGCAAUUUCAUUGCAAAUUAUUGUAUUUCAUUUGAGGUUGGGAUUUAAUAACGCCAAUUAGGAGUUUUACAAGCUACUAAAACUGAAAUUUCCUCAGCUAAAAUAAGCUUCAUUGCCCAGAGCAAAGCAUUUUCCAUUUAUAGAGUUUCUUAUUAGUGAACAUCUUGAAUUUCUGAACAAUGGAAAAAAAAAAAAAAGCUUUCUUAUAAAAUUAGAACAGCAUCUUCUCGAAGACAACCUGAAACCCACACAGCUGAAUCCCAAAGCAAAGCUCUGAUUUGCCCAGUAUAAUUGCUCCAUACAUGAUACGGGGUCUCUGAGGGACUUCAUGACUGGCUGAAGGAGCACUAACCAAACCCUAUGUCCUCAUGCCUCAGAGGUGAGCUCUGCAGUUCAGAAUUAGGCUGGAUACAGAAAUUUGAUUUGUAACUAAUGUAGUAACCAUUUGCAAAUAAAGGUGAAUUUCAGGCCUAUUAAGCCGUCAGCUUUUACAA